UUUGGUGAUCGGGGCAGUAGCCGUGGACGCAGGCAGAAAAGAGGAGAAGAUGUUAUUCAUCCAUUAAAGGUCUCCUUGGAAGAAUUGUACAAUGGAACUUCGAAGAAACUUUCACUUUCUAGGAAUGUUCUUUGCUCAAAAUGCAAAGGGAAGGGAUCUAAAUCCGGUGCUUCAAUGAAAUGCUCUGGUUGUGAAGGUACAGGCAUGAAAGUCUCAAUUCGCCAUUUGGGACCAUCGAUGAUUCAACAGAUGCAGCAUCCUUGCAAUGAAUGCAAAGGGACAGGCGAGACCAUUAAUGACAAGGAUCGGUGUCCACAGUGCAAAGGUGAGAAGGUUGUGCAGGAAAAAAAGGUUCUUGAGGUCUUCGUAGAGAAGGGUAUGCAGAAUGGGCAGAAAAUCACCUUCCCUGGUGAGGCCGAUGAAGCGCCUGAUUGUAUCACGGGCGACAUCGUGUUUGUACUGCAACAAAAGGACCAUCCCAAGUUCAAACGAAAGGGUGACGAUCUCUUUGUUGAGCACUCUCUCUUCCUUACAGAUGCCCUCUGCGGUUUCCGCUUCGUGCUGACCCAUCUCGAUGGCAGGCAGCUUCUUAUCAAAUCAAACCCUGGAGAAGUUGUCAAGCCUGAUCAAUUCAAGGCAAUCAAUGAUGAGGGCAUGCCGAUGUACCAGAGGCCAUUCAUGAAAGGCAAGCUUUACAUCCAUUUCAACGUCGAAUUCCCGGACUCGCUGAAUCCAGACCAGUGCAAAGCUCUCGAGGCGAUUCUUCCUGCGAGGACCCGAACUCAGCUUACAGACAUGGAGCUUGACGAGUGCGAAGAGACGACCUUGCAUGAUGUGAACAUGGAGGAGGAGAUGAGGAGGAAGCAGCAAACUCAAGCUCAGGAGGCAUAUGAUGAGGACGAGGACAUGCAUGGCGGUGCUCAGAGAGUGCAGUGCGCUCAGCAAUAAGGCCGCCUUGAUUGACCUGAUUGUUUUGUUACUAGUCUCUUACUUUUUGAUGACCAUGGUAGUAAUUUGUGGAGUUACAUAGCUCCUUGCCUUGUUUACUUUGAUAUAAUGCACGUCUUUUACGUGUUGUUGAAGUUUAUGUUGGAUCUUGUUUCGUUGUUUUGUUUGUCAUUUUUGUUGUGUUUAGCGAAGUUUUUGCAUGUAAACACCUGCAAAGGGUAAUUUUUUACUUAUGUGAU